CUAAUCUUAUCUUACAUCGCUCACUGAAUCAUACACCCGGCCGAGAAAACAACAUGGAGAAUAUACUGAGUGUAUAUCAAUCGCAUGUACUCCCACUUUUGUCGAAAGGCUCAAAGAAAAACAAAGUAUCGAUAUCGGUUGCUGUUGCGGUACUCGUUCUGUACCUCGCUUAUGACAAAGUCGCAAAACCUCCUCGCAAUCUGCGACACAUACCUCAAGCAAGCUUCUUCGGGUAUCUAAAUGCCUUCAUCAAAAAGGUGCCCAUAGCUGAUGUUGCCGAGAAGUAUACAUUGCCUGCUGCGCUGCAGUCGGAGCAUGGCCUGUACGUUCGCUUCGAUAAUAAUGGGUGGUCGGUACGCAUAAACAACCCCGCCAUUGCAAAAAAGUUUCUUCUUGGGACAGACAUUUUCCCAAAAGCUAGCGUUUCAGCGGAUAGAGAAGGCACGUUAUACGGCAAAUUUGCCGUGGGUCCAAACGUUGCAUUCAUUAACGGCCAGCAUUGGAAAUCGCAACGCAUGGUGAUGAAUCCUGCGUUUCACAGACAAAUGCCAAUUGAUUUGUUUGGCAAGCUUACACUGAAGCUAUUUAAUGUCAUGGAUGAAUCCCUUGAUAAGCCAAUCAAUUUCCCCGAUAUGACAACACGCUGGACCCUUGAUGCUAUCGGCUUAGCUGGCUUUGAUUUCGAUUUCAACGCCAUUCGCGACCAUGACAAUGUCUGGGUGCAGCGAUACAAGGCUAUUAUGACAGGCAGCAUCAAUCCAUUAUACCUGGUGUUCCCUGUGAUUGAUCGAAAGCUGUUGUUCUUGCUUCCGAAGCGCCGUCGCCUCCAUGAAGAGCUGGACGAGUUCUUGAAAAUGAUACGUACAAUGAUAUCUGAUAAGCGGCAGCUCUUGAAGGAGAAAAAGGCCUCCAAUAUUAUUGAUCGUGAGAAGGACCUUCUGACGCUGAUGAUUGAGGCUGAAAAUGAGGGCAAUGGUACAUUGACCGACGAAGAGUUGCGGAGUAAUCUAUGUAUAUUUAUUUUGGCAGGACAUGACACCACAGCGAACGCACUUGCCUACAUUGCUUACUACCUUGCGAUUCAUCCGGAUAUACAACAAAAAGUGAGAGAGGAAGCCACCCGUGUUUUAGGAGAUCAACCAGUCGACGCCGUACCUACUAUCGAACAAAGUCGCCAACUUCCUUACCUCGAUAUGGUGAUCAAAGAGACACUUCGAAUUUGUGGUCCAGCUGCAAGUAUGGUUGUUCGUACUGCAACUGAAGAUACCGAACUUGGGGGCGUUUUCAUUCCUAAGGGUACCCGCGUUAGUGUCGACAUCUUUGAGUCGCACCGUAAUCCACGCGUAUGGAACUCUCCUUUGACGUUCGACCCGGAGCGCUUCGCACCCGGUGGUGAAGCUGAGAAACUUUCGAAGCAGGGCAUGCCGUGGUUAGCGUUCAGCAACGGCGCACGUCAAUGUAUUGGCAUGAACUUUAGCAUGGCUGAGCAGCGUGUUUUGCUUCCUAUGUUACUGCGAAAGUACGAAAUUUCAUUGCCUGAAGAUUCUAUUCACAAGAAAAAGUUGAUUACCAACGGUCUAAUUAUCCUUUCACCCAAGGAUUUAUACUUUAACUUUAAACGCCUGUAUUAAUCUAAAGAUAUAUAUAAUUAUGCAUUAUCGGC